UUGCUCUCCUCCAUCAUCAUCAACCUCUUCAUCAAUCUCAAAAAUGUUAAGCUCUCAGAUUCAGAAGCCAAAUUCAACAAAACCCUUUUCUCUUUUGCCACCAAAACCUUCUCUUUCUAGCCAUGGAAACACUUCCUUCCCUACUUAUUAUAAGCAGCAGAAAUGCUUCCCUAGGAAAAACCCAAGCCUUAGCGUGCGUGCUAGUAUCGUUGAUAAGGCUAUAUCAGCAAUUAAACAUCACAAUGAAGCUGUUACAGUGAAGGCAACUAUUACUGUUAAAGUAACAGUUGGUGGACUCAUCUCUAGUGUUGGUAUCACACAACCUCUUGAUGAGAUCACAGAUGUCAUUGGUAAAAGUCUCCUUUUGGAGCUUGUUAGUGCAGACCUUGAUUCCAAAACGGGGCUGGAGAAGGAUACGGUCAAGGCAUAUGCUCAUAUUCAUCUAGGGAUUCAGAAGCCUGGUGAGGUGAAGUUAGAGGCAACAUUCAAGGUUCCAGAUGGAUUCGGUGAGGUUGGUGCUCUCCUGAUAGAGAAUGAACAUCACAAGGAAAUCUUCAUCGAGAGCAUAGUUCUUGAAGGGUUCCCUCAGGGUCCUGUUACUGUUUCAUGUAAUUCAUGGGCUCAUUCCAAACAUGAUAACCCUAAGAAGAGAAUUUUCUUCACCAACAAGUCAUAUUUACCAGCCGACACACCAGAUGGAUUGAAGAGGCUACGAGAGGAGGAGUUGGAAAAUCUACGAGGAAAUGGACAAGGAGAGAGACAGUCAUUUGAGAGGAUCUAUGACUAUGAUACAUAUAAUGACCUUGGAGAUCCUGAAUCCAGCCAAGACCUUGCAAGACCUGCUCUCGGCGGCAAAGAGCACCCCUACCCCAGGCGUUGUAGAACAGGACGUCCUCGCACCAAAAAGGACCCAUUAACAGAAUCAAGAAGCAGUGAUUUUUAUGUACCGAGGGAUGAGGCAUUUGCGGAGUUGAAGCAAGCUUCAUUCGGUAUAAAUACAGUAAGAUCUCUGUUGCACGCCCUGGUGCCUACCAUAGAGACUGCAAUUCUUGAUGACAAGCUUGGAUUCCCAUACUUCACUGCCAUAGACAAACUAUUUAACGACGGAAUUGAUUUGCCAAAAGAUGUUAAAAAACCUUGGUACCUUCAGACGCUAUUACCAAGAACUGUGAAAGCUGUUAAGGAAACUGGCGAUGAACUCUUGCUCUUUGAGACCCCUGAACUCUUUGACAGAGACAAAUUUUCUUGGUUCAGCGAUGAAGAAUUUUCUCGUCAAACUCUUGCCGGUCUUAAUCCAUAUGGCAUACAGUUAGUUACGGAAUGGCCUCUGACGAGCAAACUUGACCCUAAAAUCUAUGGUCCUCCUGAAUCAGCAAUCACAAAGGAAAUAGUUGAAAAAGAAAUCAGAGGCUUCAUGACGGUUGAAGAGGCUUUGAAGCAAAAGAGGCUAUUUAUAUUGGAUUACCAUGAUAUUCUCUUACCAUAUGUGGCCAAAGUAAGGGAGCUUGAAGGCACCACUUUAUAUGGUUCCAGGACUUUGUUCUUCCUUGUGAAUGAUAGCACACUGAGGCCUGUUGCUAUCGAACUCACUCGCCCACCUAUCGGUGACAAGCCUCAAUGGAAACAAGUGUUUACACCAGGCUAUGAUUCCACUAGUUGUUGGCUAUGGAGGUUGGCUAAGGCACAUGCCAUAGCUCAUGACUCUGGCAUCCACCAACUUGUGUCUCACUGGCUGAGAACACACUGCUGUGUAGAGCCAUACAUAAUUGCAGCUAAUAGACAGCUUAGUGAAAUGCAUCCUAUCUAUAGACUUCUACAUCCUCAUUUCCGAUACACAAUGGAAAUCAAUGCUCUUGCUCGGGAAAAGCUCAUCAAUGCAGGUGGGAUCAUUGAAAGCACUUUCUCUCCUGGCAAGUACUCCAUAGAGCUUAGCUCUGUUGCUUAUGACAAGCUCUGGCGUUUCGAUACAGAAGCAUUGCCAGCUGACUUGAUCAGCAGGGGAAUGGCAGUUGAGGAUCCAACAGCAAAGCAUGGCCUGAAGCUAACAAUCGAAGACUAUCCAUUUGCCAAUGAUGGUCUAAUGCUUUGGGAUGCAAUUAAGCAAUGGGUAACUGAUUAUGUGAACCACUACUACCCAGAAGCAAGAAAAGUCAAAACUGACAGCGAACUUCAAGCAUGGUGGGAAGAAGUUAGAACUAAAGGCCAUGAAGACAAGAAGGAUGAACCAUGGUGGCCUGUCCUGAACACCCAACAAGACUUGAUUCAAGUUUUAACCGCCAUAAUUUGGGUAACUUCAGGUCAUCAUGCAGCUGUGAACUUUGGCCAAUAUGUGUUUGCUGGUUACUUCCCCAACAGGCCAACAAUUGCUAGGAACAAUAUGCCAACUGAGGAUCCAGCAAAGGAGGACUUCGAACUCUUCUUGAAGAAACCAGAACACGUAUUGUUAAAAUGCUUCCCUUCACAGCAGCAAGCAACUAAAGUGAUGGCUAUUUUGGAUGUUCUAUCAAGCCAUUCACCCGAUGAGGAGUAUAUUGGAGACACAUUGGAACCAUCCUGGGAAGCAGAUCCUGUCAUUAAAACUGCAUAUGAAAGGUUCAGUGCGAGACUGAAGGAGCUUGAAGCUACCAUUGAUGAAAGGAAUAAUGAUUUGAAGAACACAAAUAGAGCUGGAGCUGGAGUUGUUCCCUAUGAACUCUUGAAGCCAUUCUCUGAAUCCGGUGUCACAGGGAAGGGUGUUCCCAACAGCAUUUCAAUCUAAGUUAGUUACUUUUAAUGAGGAAAAAUAAUAGAUGUUAACACAUGUUCUUGAAAUAUGUGGUAAUAAGCUCCAUGAUCUAUGUAAAUUUGGUCUGUAUCAAAUAAAUAAACGUGCCUGUGGUAGCGUUCUGAUUGAGAAAGUUGAUGUUUGAAGGCAGAGCUACCCUUCUUAUUAUGCAACUUAUCAAUCAAUUAAAAAUUUUUUAAAAAAGUUGUGCAUCGAAUUGUAUGA